CCGACACGGACCGACACAGUACACAGUCGUCUGGCCGUUCUCUCGCGGUGCGCCUCGCAGUGCCUCGCAGCCGGUCCCGCUCCCGCCCAGCCCUCGGAAGGCCCCUUCGCGUAGCGCUAGCGCUCCCCCCGCAGUUCCGAGUGCAAACCAGUGGCGUGGACGGACAGUGAGCAGUGGCGGACUCACACCGGCGGAUUUCACGCUCCUCAUCGCCAUGACGACGGACACCAUGCUGCCCAGCGGCGUCGCUAGCGGCGUCGCCGGCGACCACAAGGAGAUCCUGAAGCACGACCUGCCAGUGCUCAAGGUGACCCUGCCGCCGGACGUGGACGCCGAGGGCGACAGCUACUGGAAGCUGGACCGCCGCGACUCGGGCAGCCUGUUCUGGCGCAAGGACUCGGUGGCCUGCAAGACGUCGCGCGUCAAGUUCCUGCACGACGUGGACGUGCGCGAGUUCCACCCGCGGCCCGAGGAGCGGCUCUCGCACUCCGAGGACGGCGCCGAGGCCGAGGAGGACGACAUCUACAGCGACGACUACAUCCUGCGGCACGACGUGGAGCCCAGCGGCUGGAUGCGCCCGUCCGCGCUGCGGCCCGCCAACCUCUUCGGCUACCGGCGGCUGCGGCUGCCGCGGAAGCGCGUCACCGGGCCCGACGGCACCGCCCCCAAGGAGUCCUCCGUCUUCAUGAGCCUCGUCUGCCUCGUCGCCAUCCUGGUGACGGCGUGGCUGCAGGGCUCCAUCUCGCCCAUCAACUUGUGAGCCGCAGUGCGCCGUGCUCCGAGACAGACUGCAGGGAGUGGAGCGCGCCGCCCGUCGGACGGACAGUCGCACGGGCGGAGCGGCCCUCCCUGACCAAGGCCUGACCAAGGCCACAUCAUGGCAGUGCGAAAAACCCCGGCCGGCCGAAAAUGCGGACGCAAGAAGCCACCCUCCAUGUCGGCACGGUUGCACACACUGGUCCCAACACCACCAGGUCCCGGCGGCUGGCUGGCUGGCCGACUGGCUAUCGUUUCGCCCUCUCUGGUCAAGGGGUUAUCCUAUCCGCUGCGCGGUUUUGUCAUUUAUUGUAAAUGGUGUGGCCUGGCGGUGCCUCGGCCAACGGACACCCCGCGGCUCCGCCCCACCUCAGUAUGUUAAGCCGCCCGCACACGUAUUUUGCACGUGUCACGUGACUGUGAUGUUUCCAAGCAGGACUUUUUACUGUGUAUAGUUUAGCCGCACCUGCUGUGCGCGGAUUGUGUGUCUGUGUGUGUGUGUGCAUGUGUGUGUGCGUUAUUCACUGCAUCGUUUCACCCUGUCAAAUAUGUAUUCGUGUGUAUGUGUGUGUCUGUGAGAGUGAGUGAGUGAGAGAUCUCAGAGUGGUUAUCAGUAAGUAGCACGCGGUCCGCGCACCCCGUCCACCCCGUCCGCCGUCCACGCGGUGUGGUGUGGGUCGUGGCACGUCCCCGUCCUCCGUCCUCGCUGCUCGCGGACCAAUGCGAGCGCCGAGGACCGCGACGACGCGGUGCCCUGCCCAGGCCAGGCCGGCCAGGCCGCAGGGGAAGCGUUGGUGCGUAGAAAGCGCCCGGCACCGAUUUAGCCGACCCCUGACCCGGCAGGUACGUUGCACGCGUGGCUCGACCCCGCCCCGCGUCAAGGAGUUUGGGCUUGGCCACACUACACGGCCCUUCCGGUUCAGAAAAAGAAAUCGGUGAAUGGGGAAUGCCUGGUCAGGCCCGGCCCCCCCCCCCUCCCCCCUAUUCCUGCUUCCUAAUUCAGGCGCGCUUUUGCGCCGCGAGGCCUGCCUGCACCACGAGGCGCGCCGUGGCGGGGCUGAUUUGCAAAGCAAACACUGGUCGCCCCCACUGCGAUGCGGAGCAAUGCGGAGGCGAGGGUCCGGUCACGUUGGUUCAACUCGGUGCGCCAGUCCUUCUGACGCGCACCGCGUCUUCCCUUCCCUUCCGCCUUCCGGCACUUCCGGGUCCACGACGGAAACUGCCUCGCUAACCGCAGAGCGACUCCGCAUGUCGCUCUGGACGGUCUAGAGGUCUAGAGGACUCGCGCCCGCCUCCGUCCCGCCAGUCAACGAGUGACUCACCCACCCAUCCCACCACCACCACCCCGGUGCACUUUGCCUCUUGUUCGCCCGCUCGCGGCAGCCUAGCCUAGCCUUGCCCGAGGGAACUUCAUUAUGGAAAACUGUGUCGCCUUGCCACUCGCUGGGGGGGGGGGGGGGGGGGGGGGGGCUGGUCGAACGCAUGGCACGUCGCACGUGCGCCUCGUUCUCGUUUUUGGCGCUGCCCUGGCCGGCGGCCUUCCCUCGUGCAUUUGGAGUCAGUGCCCGCCCCGCCCCCUCUCGCCGGUUGAGUGAAUGUCAUGUCAUUCCCGCGACAUCUCGUUCGUCGGACAGUCCGAAUUCGGAUCGGUCCCGACGACAGGGAGCCGCCCGCCCACUCCGCUGACGCGCGGACGCGAAUCGGUUUAUUAGUUCUGAACGCAUAUCGCUUCCUGCCGCCGCCUCGCAUUGCUAAAGGCUUUACAAACAGACCCGUUCGGCAGUAAUGGUCCGAGGGAAUUCUUCCAAAGCUAUCGUCCAACCCUCAGGGGGCCAGACAACUGUACAUUUAUUUGUGUGUUUACUAUAGAUCUGAAGUAUCAAUAUUUAUGUAUUUAAUUAUUAGUGUAAUUUAAGAUUGAUGAACUUGUAGGUAUAGUUUCUAGUGUAUGCUGUGAUUUUUAGAAAUGUAUGUUACCUACUUGCAAAUAAAUUUCAUCAACCAGA